GGCAAAAAGGAUGUUUCCCAGAUAUUUAACAACAUCUUGAGAAGACAAAUCGGCACACGCAGCCCUACUGUGGAAUACAUUAGUGCCCAUCCACAUAUCCUAUUCAUGCUCCUAAAAGGAUAUGAAUCCCCGAAUAUUGCCUUACGUUGUGGAAUUAUGCUGAGAGAGUGUAUCCGACAUGAGCCCUUGGCCAAAAUCAUACUGUUUUCAGAACAGUUCAGAGACUUUUUUAAAUAUGUGGAAAUGUCAACAUUUGAUAUUGCUUCUGAUGCCUUUGCUACAUUCAAGGACCUGUUAACACGACACAAAUCGUUGGUGGCAGAAUUUCUGGAACAAAAUUAUGAUGCAAUCUUUGAGGAUUAUGAAAAACUCCUCCAUUCUGAGAAUUAUGUCACAAAGAGACAAUCUUUGAAGCUGCUAGGUGAACUGAUUCUGGACCGACACAACUUUGCCAUCAUGACAAAAUACAUCAGCAAACCAGAAAAUCUGAAGCUGAUGAUGAACUUGCUGCGAGAUAAAAGCCCCAAUAUUCAGUUUGAAGCAUUCCAUGUGUUCAAGGUUUUUGUGGCCAGUCCAAACAAAACACAGCCUAUUGUGGAGAUCCUGUUGAAAAACCAACCCAAGCUAAUUGAGUUUCUGAGCAAUUUCCAGAAAGAGAGGACGGACGACGAACAAUUCACUGAUGAGAAGAACUACUUGAUUAAGCAAAUCCGAGACUUGAAAAAGCCAACGGCAUGAAGAACUCCUCUUAUUCUCCACUGUAGGCAUUAAUCUCAGCAGUUAUGUUCCUCUGUGUCCCUUAAACACCACAAUAAUGCUUGAGAAGGCACAGCAAGUGCCUGGGUUUUAUUUUGUCUUUGUUCCUAGAUGUCAAGAGUAUAGAGGUUUUACAUGAGAACUAAAAAAACCAAAAAUCUAGAAUAAUAUAUUGUUUUUAAUCAAGACUAUAAUUAUUUCUGUCAGUUUAGAAUCUCUCUGUAAUAGAAUCUGGUUUGAUGGAUUUUCAUUUGUGCUCAAGAAGAAUGAACCUCUUUGCUUAACUUUAUCAGCAAACUCAAGCUGCUGGCAAGUGCACAGAGUAGGUCUUCUGAGGACUGUAAAGUUGUUCCUUCACACCUGUAAUUGUGACUUUGUUCUAGUGCUGCACACACACAAGACUGUGAAAGAGUACGUUUGUCUCUGGAGUUAGCUGCACUUCUAGAUCUGGUUCUUUAGUCAAAACAGUGGGAGAUGACAAAGCAGUAAAGGUCACGUUUUUGCUUCAUUUUGUGUUCUUU